CUAAAACGUUAUGAUAGCGGGUGGACGCUGCGUGCCUUCAAGCACCUGCAGACGAAUUCUUGCCGCGAUUGAAUGGUCCUCGUUUGCUCCUCCCAGCAAGGGGGGGCUCCGCUCGCGUCCCGGCGUCUCUUUAUAAGGAAACCCGCAUACCUGAACGAUUCCAGGAAGUUGCGGGAACAGAGCGAGAGGAUUCAACCGACACAGGCGGAAGCGGAGCUGAGCUACGGCGCGCAGCUUUCAUCCGUCCUGAGUGGCAGCUUCUUCCGGGUAGGCAGGAGCGCCGCCGGUCGGCCACCCAUCCUGUCUCCAGCGCGCAUCUGCCUGGCCCCACAGCCCGCUCUCCUCACUACGAGGCUUCCUUUCCCUUCCUUUCUCGCGCCCCUGGGCCGCUCGCGCUCGCCUUUUUUCGUCGCCUGGUGCUUAGCGUCGCUCUGAGCGAGGGCUGCCGGCGGACAGGCCGGCAAGCGAGAACAGCAGGCCGGCGUCUUGCUUCCUGGACCGACGAAGCGGCAGAAAAGUGCAACUUGGAGCGGUGCUGAAUGAGGCCCCAUACGAAGCCUUCUGCCUACCUGCCGGGACCCUAACUUCUCGGCAAACGACGCUACGCGUAACGCUCCAGUAAACCGCCAAGAAUCGCGCGGUGCUCCUUUUAAAUACAGUGCUGCCUUGUCCCGAGAAUAGUUUUCUUAAAACAACACUCGGGCGUAAAUGGUUGGGACCUCUUCUAAUUGAGCUGUAGAGCAGGAGCUGGGAUGUCAUAUGUUGCCAAAAAGUGUGGCAUCCAGUUACAGCCUCCAUCAAUUGUUUUAAUUUAUGAAGAUCGGUUUAAGAACAAUAUGCGCAAGCGCAUCAUACCUAUCCGGAAUUUCUUCAAGUUCUCAGACUGUAGCAGAGCAGCAGAGCAGCUAAAGAAUAAUCCUCGGCACAAGACAUAUUUAGAAGGGGUGUCACUGGAGCAGCUAAAAAGGUUACACUAUUUGUUGAGAUGCCACCUGCAAGGCCAAACUUUGAGUCAGAGUUUGAAGCAAGUUGAGCAGAAGGAAACAAUUGAUCCAGAAGAGGACCUAAACAAACUGAAUGAUGAAGAGCUAGCCCAAAGGAAAAGAAUCAUGGAUGAGCUGUUUGAAAAGAACAGAAAAAGAAAAGAUGACCCUGAUUUUAUCUACAACGUAGAGGUGGAGUUUCCACAAGGUAAGGAGCUUGAAGCUUGUGAAUGGGAUACAGAAACAGAUGAUGAAUUUUGAUCCACAGCUAAGCUCUGGAUUUACAGGGACUGUUUAUAAAUUAAAUAUAUUUUCUGUUUUAUAGCAACAACAUAUGAAUAAAGUUAUCAGUCAGUGGCAGCAUACUGUACCUCAAAAUGGCUGAUAUGUUUUUCUUUGGCAUUUAAAAUAUUUUGAGAUAUUCAAAUGAAAAUAAUAUGCAGAAACGUGUGCAUAGAGCAUGAAUGUCUUGAGAAAAUCUGUGUAGGUUCUUCUGUACAGGAAGUCCCCGGAUUAAGUAAGCAUUGACUUAAAUAAAUUUUACAGAGAGAAGUGCAAGAACGGCAGCUGCCAUUUUGUCCAUUGCAGAAGCACAAAAUGGCAGUUGCCAUGUUUGUGCAUUGGCAUGGUGCAUGAUCCAACACAAUACUCCUGAUGGAACCUUGCAUAACCCAGAGACUAAGCAAAACUGCUGAAAAUGGACGGAGCUGUGUCACAGGAGAACCAACUGUACAUUCAGCCAUAUGUAUGAAAGCAUAUCUCCUGCAGGCAAUACUCAAAAUGCACAUGUUUGCAGAAACCUUCGUUUGAAUUACAUCAAUAAGGUAGACCUUUUUUGGCAUGGUCUAUGGCAAGUACUCCAGAUUUAAAAAGGCUUCCUCAUCCAGGAAUUUUCUAAAUAAAGGAAAUUCCUAAAGUAAAUGUUCAGAAAAACUAAAAUCAGCUAAAAAAAAGAGUUAAUUCUUAAGCCCAAUUCUUCCAUCCCCUUAUAACCUUUUACCUCAGGGAUUAAGUCUUUCAGAUGUUGAACUUCAGUUUCUGACGCUGACUAAGUGUUGGGCAGACUCCAAGUUCUUCAUCCAUACUUUAAAUGAAAAACAAGCAACCCAUUUCAGGAUGUACAAGAUUCUUGAAAUAGGAAUUUUCACUCAGAGGAAGGAGACUAUUAAAGUGUUACUGGACUCCAAUGGCAUCUUUUUGAAGGGAUCCUUUUGGUAUUUUAGAAGCAGUUUCCAUUACUAAAAUUAUUCUCAUUGCUUGGCAGAUGAAAGGAGAGAACAACUUUAGUUGUUUGUCCCAGCAGUUCCCUGUGUUGGCAGAAAUGAAGUGAGUACAGCCACCAACUCGUUUCUGUCAUAUGCAUACCUUGGGGCUAGCUGCUAUAUGGUUAGAUAUAUUCAUAACAACAUGAGGAAACUAUACAUGUGCAAACAAUUUUGCAGAGGGAAAGGCAGGCACUUCUUACCCUCAAAUAAUUUAUAUUGGGAUUAGACAUACUGAUUGUAUAAGAAAGAGACUCUAAUUUUAAGUACCAAAACUCUUGACACACAGAAUUCUCAGCCUUCCUAUGUGUAACAGUCUUUUAAAUAGCAAAAGCAUGGGAGUCUUGUUAUAACUGAAAGGAUCCUAUUCAAGAGAAGAAUUGGGGCUAAAGUACUUUAGGCAAAAAUGGAGGCCAUAUAUAUAUAAAUAUAUAUCUUUGUAGAUUAUUAAUGUGUAUCUAAAGCCAAUGUCCUAUCAGUAAUAAUAUCUAUUCAAGGUAUAAUUUUUUAAAAACAUUCCAGCAUUUGUUCUCCAGAGGGCAGUGUUUUCUCAUUUAAAAAUCUGGGACAAAUUUCUGCACUUAAAAAGAACUGUGUUACUUACUAAAAACACAGUUUGGGACAUAGAGUAAUUUGGGAAUCGUUUGUAUUGUUAUCCUUAAGAACCGUACAUUCUGAUUGUUUAAAAAAAUGAAAAAUAAAUCUUAGUGACUUUUUACUUGAUUUGACAAAAUAUCUUUUCUAAGGAAUAUCAGCAAUUCCUGAUAUUGGAAGAGAUCAUUUAGGCAAUCAAGUCCAAUCCCUUGUUUAGCACAAGAACCCAAAUUAAAGCAUCUUGUACAAAAUGGAUCUCCAGUGAAGCUCAUGCAGUAAUUGGUUGAUAAUUGGUUCCACUGUGAAACUGCUCUUAUAGUUAGGAAAUUUUUAUUAACAUUCAACUGAAAUUUAACUUAAUGUCUAUUUUUCUGUUUCCUGCAUUCUGGACUAAUAGAGAACAGAUCUUGCUAUCGUCUAUGGGACUUCCCUUUAGCUACUUGAAGAGUAUCAUAUCCCUUCUCACUCAUCAUAUUCUCCUUCAAUUGUUUCUCAAAGCUCUAGUUGCCUUGUAAAAUAAAAUUAUUUUGUGAACAAUACUUGGUUUCUUAUAAUGUAGUCUAAUAACUGAUCAGAAUAAAUAUAAAAUGAAUGCUAACUGUAAAUCCACAUUUUAUUACUAUUUUUACCAAAAAGAAUGCAUCUUGAAAUGUCAGUUUCCUGUCUAUUCUUGGAUGCGUUAGUCCUUUUUUAAAUGUGUACAAAGUUCAAUCCACUAUAUGUAUAGUCAAUAGUCUGUUCCACAGUAAUUUAACCAGUGGCAUCUGCAAGACAGGUCAAAACAUACAGUAGACAUGGCAUGGAAUUGGAAAUUCUGUUUUUGCACAUAUACAAAAGGGGCAGGUUUGUGUUAUGACACCACUUUCACCAUCUUGCUUGUUUUGAAGUCCCUCCCACCCCCGAUGCUGCUGAAUUUAGGAAAGGAUGCCCUUACAUUUUAGUUGCUUUGUAGUUCUAAGUACUUUUUUUCAUUUUAUAUUGCAAAGAUCAGUCUUCAUUUUGUUGGAAAAUAAAAUUGAAGCUUCUGUUA